UGCUUCCUGGGUCACACGGCCUCGGUGGUGGCUGCGGUGAGUUCUUCCGCGCGCUCUCGCCCGACCCGCGACCGCGAUGUUGGCGCUGCGCUGCUGCCCCCGCCUGCUCGGUCUGCUCUCCGGCCCUCGCUCUGCGCCGCUGCUCCUGUCCGCGACCCGCGCCUGCAGCGACGGCGGAGCCCGCGACUCGAACUCCUCCUCUCGGAACCCGCUUGUGUACUUGGAUGUGGGCGCCGACGGGCAGCCGCUCGGCCGCGUGGUGCUGGAGCUAAAGGCAGAUGUCGUGCCAAAGACAGCAGAAAACUUCAGAGCCCUGUGCACUGGUGAGAAGGGCUUUGGCUACAAAGGUUCCACCUUCCACAGGGUGAUCCCAGCCUUCAUGUGCCAGGCUGGCGACUUCACCAACCACAAUGGCACAGGAGGGAAGUCCAUCUAUGGAAGCCGGUUUCCUGACGAGAACUUUACACUGAAGCACGUGGGGCCAGGUGUCCUGUCCAUGGCAAAUGCAGGCCCCAACACCAAUGGCUCUCAGUUCUUUAUCUGCACAAUAAAGACAGACUGGCUGGAUGGCAAGCAUGUCGUGUUUGGCCAUGUCAAAGAGGGCAUGGAUGUUGUGAAGAAAAUAGAAUCUUUUGGCUCAAAAAGUGGGAAGACAUCUAAGAAGAUUGUCAUCACAGACUGCGGCCAGUUGAGCUAACUCAUAGCCGAGUGCUCGAACAGUGGCAGCCGCCCAUGAGUCGGUUCACCCAGGUACUUCAAAGAGCCGUUUGUGCCCACCUCCCCUUACUGAGUACAGGGAAGACCGCUCAGGCACACGGUCCUUCACAGGACCAGGCUGCUCUCAGCUGUCAUCCUUUCUCAGACCCUCUAUCUGAGAAUCAGGGUGGCUGUUGGGCCAUGUGCCCUCAGCAGGUGUCCCCAUGAUUGCCAUUCAUGUGUGCCUUGGACGUUGGUAAUGCUGGCCAGCUAGCAUCCAGGGAAGGGUCCUGACUUUUCCUUGACCAGUUGGGACAGAAGUUGCCAUUUAAUAUUGUCUUCCUCACUGCAAUAAUUUAAUAAGAUGUCAUAGAAACAAAGCUGUGAUGUAAAAAACACUGUACUGCGUGUGACCUGAGCUGGCACAAGCUACACGCCCCCGAGCCUGGCUUCUGAAACAUAACUCAGGGCUCUUGUGAAAAGUCUGACAUCAAUGUCUUUCCUCCUGGUUACUGUGAAUCCUACUGGUUGGCUGCUGUGAUUUUUGAAGGGAGCCGGAGGAAUAGAAGCAGCUGGGCCUGGCAACAGACCUGUGAGCCGAGUCUGUCUGCUCAAUGUGAAUUCCCAUGCUGGAAACUUACAGGAACUGCCCGUGUUCAUGCUGUCCUCCAGAAGAAAGUGCUUUCUGACAGGCUUUGAUUUUUCUGUAUAUUGAAUAAAUCCAAUCUAUCAAUGUUACUAUGCAAAGGAUUUCUGGGGAACAGCCGUUAGUGUUCAUCUCAAAUGUGAUAAUAAAUCCUAUUUUCUAUAAAA